AUGCCGAUAGAUAGGAGCCAGCAUUGGUUGUCCCUGUUAAGACGCUGCCGAGACCGAAGAAUCCACCCCUAUGCACUUGUGCAACCUGUGCCGAAGGAGGAGAAUACCGUACAACUCCACAGGGGGUAUGAACCCGGCCAAGGCAGUGAAGUGGCUAACGAGAUUGUUUUAUCCGGGUCACAACCACAAGAUGUGGAUGCUAGCCAACCCGAGAAAGAGUCGGACUAUGUGCCACACAAUGUUUGUGGUCCUGAUACUGGGCAGAGUAGCCAGUCGAUAAUAUUAGCUGGUUCUGGUUUUGCUGAUGGGGAUGAGGAAGGGGAUGAAAUGCAGAGGGUGAUGGAGGAAGAGGACGAGGAUGGAUUGGCGGAGGAACUGGAUUCUGAAAAUACCGAGGAUGAAGUGGAGGUACCGAUUCCUUCCGCAUGGGAUCGGGACAUAUCCACCGGCCUUACGGUCAACGAUGGCCAUGAGACUCCAUGGCAGUAUAAUCUGAACCAAGUACAGAUAGGGGCUAUGUUUGAUACAAAGAAAAAAUUGAAGUAUGCGGUGAUAAAGUGGGCUAUGUCUAUGCAGAGGGUUUUCCGGACACACAUAUCAAGUCCAACAAACUAUACCGUGAAAUGUGUUGAAACAGGUUAUCCUGGGAAGGUGCACGGGCACGUGCCGAAGUAUGACAUCCACUGGGUUGUCACCAUUGUCGUCCCACAUAAUUGUGUGAGGAAGAACCUGCUGGUGAAGCAUCCGAACCUGACUUCAAGUCUCAUUGCGCAACUCAUGUAUACUGAGAUAGUAGAGAAGAAAGAUAUGGAAGCAAAACACAUCCAGACAGCAGUGAAGGUCAGAUGGAAUUAUGUCAUUCCUUAUGGGAAGGCUUGGAGGGAUAAGCAGAAGGCUAUGGAGGAAAGGUUUGGGGCGUUCUUCGACUCAUAUGAUAAUGUUGUCCGUCUCCUUGGCAUACUGAAGGAGAGGAAUCCCGACACUUAUGUGAACGUACAACACAUGAGGUUGCUGAGUAUACCAGAUUUCAAGGUGUUGAAACGAGUGUUCUUCUCUUUCGCUAUUUGCAUCGAAGCUUUCCGGCAUUGUCCUCCUGUUAUGUUUGUGGAUGGUACAUUCCUGACCGGUCAGUAUAGAGGGCAAAUCCUGACUGCUAUUGGUGUGGACGGGAACAAUCAAAUCAUCCCACUUGCCAUGGCAUUUGUGGAGGGUGGGAACUUUCCCAGCUGA